AUGGCCGACGACUCCCGGCUGAGCAUCUCCGCCGACAUCACCGAUCUCACCGUGGCGAAAAGCCGUUUACGUGCUCAGCUUGUGGCAUGUCUUCAAGCCGCUGCUUCUGGAGGUCAGAAGUCCUGUCAGCCUGGGCGGGGCGUGAUCAUUUUUGAUCAUUUUGAUACCUUGAGGAUUGAGCUUGGGCUGACUUCCUCCAAGUUUCACAACAACCUGCGAAAUUAUCCGUACAUGAAAGUAUCAACCAAGAUUCGCGACAGGCCGUGGACGUGGACAAUCAACAACAGAGAAGCUUUGAUGAAGAUCCGCAAUGUGCUUCCCUUCUAUCCCGACUUCUUUACCUUCACGUUCGCGUUGGUACAUGCGGGCGAGCAUCGAACCCCUGGAUCACCUCAGGCUACCGACGCGCCGCGCAAUCAGCCAAGUUAUGAUGGAAGUGAUGACUUCAAUCUAGAUUUUCUGGAAGAUUGGGUAUUUCCCGCUACUUCGCCUCCUCCGUCUUUCUUCCUGGCACCGACGGCGACCUCACAGGGUGACCCGCCAGAUAGUCACCUCGCCCAGUACCGGCAACACUACCACGGCAACAUAACAGGGAGCUCGGACGAACUACUGGUCGUUGUCUCAGAAGCUGAGCUUUGCGCGGCUGAAGCCAACAUCAGACUCGCGAGUGCAGGCUGUGAGCUACACGACUUCUCUUUACCUCCUCGCUAUGCCGUCAUUCGAUACAUUCGUGCCUACAGCCGCUUCUUCGAACCACACGCUCCUAUCGUGCCCCUGCAAACUUUCAACAUAUCAGUGGCCCGUCCAAUUCUCGUCUUGGCAGUCCUUUCGCUAGGAGCAAUGUAUUUGGAUGAGGCCGAGGUUGCCUCAAAUUUAUUUGCUGCUGCUCGAAGACUCCUUGCUAAGCACGAUGAGGACCCGGAGGUAAAAGAGGAUGGUCGACAUGGUAACUCGUGGGAGUUGGUCGCGAGGCUUCUAAUUUGCCUAUAUGGGACACUGAGCAGCGAUCCUUCUCUCAGAAGACAUCCUAAUCGAUCUUUCGCAACUAUAACUGACAUCAUUCAGGACGCAGCGCGAGAUCUCGGGACGACGACAUCUGAGGAGUCAUGGGUGAAGUGGCUAGAUCAGGAAGCCACCAUCCGCUGCAUUGCAUGGUACGUCGUUACUGCUGCAAUGUUGCAUUCUUUAGAGGGUUAG